AGGGCACUCAGUAUGAUCCAGAGGGGGGGAGGAAGAGCGAUGGAGGAAGGUAAAGAGAGAGAGAGGGGCCAAAAAUAAAUAGCGGUUCUAAUUGGGACGGUUCUAAUUUGGACUUUCUGUUUGGAGAGGACCUUUCGGUACCUUGACAAUCUCUGAGAAAGAUAAUUGAGACUUCAGUUAAAAUUAUCAAGCUUGUGACAAAGUCAGAUUUCUUUCUUUCAUCCCUGUCUCACCCAUUCAGGGUGGUGAACUCAGCUUUCAAACUCACACACGAUAAGAUAGGACAGAUAACUAGAAGAUACGUGUGCAGGACUCCUUGGCCCUCCACCCCAUCUUAACUUCCAAGAAAAUUUAUUUUUAUUUUCAUUUUUUUGCGAUUCAACGGUCUUUUUAAGAGGCAAUCCCACUUCUCAACUUCCACUCCCAAAUAAAAAAUGUUAAGUUUUUAAAAUAAAUCCUGCAGCUAUUUAAUCGGGGUCGAGCAUAGCCACCGCUUUUAGCUUAGCUGUGGCAGUGAAGAUAGGGCUUUAAGCUAUUGCGACCCAACCCCCACCCUAAACAUUUCACAGGCUACUGAGCUAGGGAAAGCUGAGAUUGCUUUGGAUUCUAGGAUUCCCAGGACAUCAGGUCAAGCAACCGAGAAGUCCCCCCAGGGGUAAAUUCCACACAUAGUUUCUUCUCUCUCUGGGACCAGUGCUUUAACAUCUGGGUUAAUUAGAUCGUGCAGACACGGUAACUAAGCGCAGGAAACAGCUGGGCACGUUGCUCAGAGCCCAGACAGAACGGGACCCACGGUUCUUAAAAAAACGCUUCUGGAAAUACCAGCUCCAACAGGCUUGUAGCGUCUGAGUGCGGAUGAGGCAGGAGCAAAACCGAGCACAGUUUGGACCUCUGGGGACAAAUCUGCACUUUUGAGAGCUCCUUUAACUUUUGGACAAUUUUGAAUUUACCCAGAGAGAGGAGGUGCAGAGUGGGAACUGCAUCCAGCUUAAAAAAAAAAAAAAAAAAUACUUGCACUCACAUACUCCCCAGAGUCUUCCCAAACAGGAAUGGAAGAGAAAACUUAGGAAGUUCAAGUUCAGCAUUAAAAUAAAGGAUUUGCCACCAAAACUCCCGCGCUCUUUCCUCAGAGUUUCUUCGUUCCAAGAGCCUCUCUGCGUAGUACGCCUGCGCGCGCGCAAACGGCGGCCCCACCUCUCGGUUGGGGACGUAAAGCUUGCGCCGGGGGGCGGGGCGCGGGUUGCGCAUGCGCCCUCAUUGCGUCGGCCUCUGGCUCCGGUGCUGGCAGCGGGAACCACGGAGGGUAAGGUGUUCGCUGCGGUGUCUCGGCACUCUGAGGAAGGAAGGGAGAGAGAGCUAGAGUGAGUGCUCCCCUUGGCCGUAUGAGUCGGAGCAGGAGUAUUUCCUUCUCGCCUGGCAAGUGCCGGUAGGAACCGGGCCCCGCCCCCUUCCCGGCCUGCGUUCCCUUCCCCCUUCCUGCCCCUUUCCAGGUGGGACCCUCUUGGUCCUUCUUCUGUUAGUGAGUCCCUGCCAAGGCCAUGAAACUUGUGAGGAAGGACAUUGAGAAGGACAAUGCGGGCCAGGUGACCCUGGUCCCCGAGGAGCCUGAGGACAUGUGGCACACUUACAACCUAGUGCAGGUGGGCGACAGCUUGCGCGCCUCCACCAUCCGCAAGGUGCAGACCGAGUCGUCCACAGGCAGCGUGGGAAGCAACCGGGUCCGCACUACGCUUACUCUCUGCGUGGCAGCCGUCGACUUCGACUCUCAAGCCUGCCAGCUGCGGGUCAAGGGGACCAACAUCCAAGAGAAUGAGUAUGUCAAGAUGGGGGCUUACCACACCAUCGAGCUGGAGCCUAACCGCCAGUUCACCCUGGCCAAGAAGCAGUGGGACAGUGUGGUUCUGGAGCGCAUUGAGCAGGCCUGUGACCCAGCCUGGAGCGCUGAUGUGGCGGCUGUGGUCAUGCAGGAAGGCCUCGCCCAUAUCUGCUUAGUCACUCCUAGCAUGACCCUCACUCGGGCCAAGGUGGAGGUGAACAUCCCUAGGAAACGGAAAGGCAACUGCUCACAGCAUGACCGGGCCUUGGAGCGGUUCUAUGAACAGGUGGUCCAGGCCAUCCAGCGCCACAUACACUUUGAUAUUGUAAAGUGCAUUCUGGUGGCAAGCCCAGGAUUUGUGAGGGAGCAGUUCUGCGACUACAUGUUUCAACAAGCAGUGAAGACUGACAACAAAGUGCUUCUGGAAAACCGGUCCAAAUUUCUUCAGGUCCAUGCCUCCUCUGGACACAAGUACUCCCUGAAAGAGGCCCUUUGUGACCCAACUGUAGCUAGCCGCCUUUCAGACACUAAAGCUGCUGGGGAAGUAAAAGCCUUGGAUGACUUCUAUAAAAUGUUACAACAUGAACCUGACCGAGCUUUCUAUGGACUCAAGCAGGUGGAGAAGGCCAAUGAAGCCAUGGCAAUUGACACAUUGCUCAUCAGUGAUGAGCUCUUCAGGCAUCAGGAUGUAGCCACACGGAGCCGGUAUGUGAGGCUGGUGGACAGUGUGAAAGAGAAUGCAGGCACGGUUAGGAUAUUCUCUAGUCUCCAUGUAUCUGGGGAACAGCUUAGCCAACUUACUGGGGUAGCUGCCAUUCUCCGAUUCCCUGUCCCUGAACUCUCUGACCAAGAGGAUGAUUCCAGUUCUGAAGAGGAUUAAUGACAGAAACUUAAAAUUGAGACAACCUGUGUCUCACUCCAUCAUUGUUACAGUACACUUCUCAGCACCCUUUUGACAGAAAGUUGCAAGAGUGGCACUUUUUGAUUGACACAGGGAUUUCCUAUGUAUUUGGCCACACUAGGUAUUUUGUGGUUGGCAGGACAUGUAUUCAAACUAAAUAAUAAACUAAAAGGAAAUAA